AUCCGGUCUGGAACAGCUGAUCACGGCGCUAGAGGCCAAUGAAGAUAUACUACGGGUUUGGACCACAGUGGAUGGUUGAAUGAAUGAUUUCGGAUCUCAGUCACACGACGACACCCCCUUCAAGCAACCAACUACGAUAUAUGUACCUGCGACGCCGCUUGGCGUGCUUGACAAUUACCGUACGUUUGGUCCUAGUCUUGUGCUUUUUCCUCCCCGAUCAAUGGUCGGUCAGGUGCACCACCCGUCGGGACAAAUAAAUAAGUGCUCGGUAUAAAUCUUGCGUCCAUGUUAGACCGGACAACUCUAUUCCCUCCAAAUGCGAAUGACUUCCAUCCCCAGAGCCCUCAGACUGCAACGCACCGUAUUUUCUCGCACGGUAGCAUCUCGACUGGGCUCUGCCUCAUUUUCUACAUCCAGAUUGUUUCGCGAAAGCUAUCCUGUGCAAUCAGUCUCCCCAUUAGCACCUAUAGGCGUAGAUGCAGCUAUACGAGCAGUUACGGAUCCCUCGAUAUAUGUGCGCCCUAAAAUCUUCGACGAAUUUACUUUAGCGGAUAGGGUCGCCAUUGUAUCUGGUGGUAAUCGCGGGCUGGGCCUGGAGAUGGCAAUGGCGCUCUGCGAAGCUGGAGCUCGCGCUGUAUACUGUCUUGACCUUCCAAAACAGGGUUGUGCAGAGUGGCAGGCUGCGCAUGACUUCGUUGCCAGGAUGGAUCGCGGAUCCCGACUCGAGUACGUUUCCUGCGAUGUCACCAAUCAGAAUCGCGUCUGGACGGCCGUCGAAGAGAUUGGGAACAAGGAGAAACGAGUCGACAUCUGUGUCGCUGCUGCAGGCAUUCUUAUGAACCAUAUCGACUGCCUGGAGUAUCCUGAGGAUGAGUUCCGAAAAGUCAUGGACGUGAACACGAAUGGCGUACUCUUCACCGCCCAAGCUGCUGGUCGCCAAAUGAGACGCUUCGGCAUACCGGGCAGUAUAGUCUUGGUCGCCUCGAUGAGCGGAACGUUGACAAAUCGCGGACAUUCUUGGGUGUCGUACAACACCAGCAAAUCCGCCUGCCUACAGAUGGCUCGGAGCAUGGCUUGCGAGCUCGGAAAAGAAGGCAUUCGGGUUAACUCGCUUUCCCCUGGACAUAUCUUCACCGCGUUGACGAGGCAAUACCUGGACAAGCACCCUACGCUACUGGAUAAAUGGUCGAACUUGAAUCCAAUGGGAAGGAUCGGAAGACCUGACGAGUUACGAGGUGUCAUCACUUGGCUCGCCAGUGAUGCCUCCACAUUCUGUACAGGUAGCGACAUUCUUGUCGAUGGUGGUCACCACGCUUGGUAAAAUGAAUGGUUCACUUGAAUGUUGUCCGUUAAAUCCUGUUAUUUUGUUAACUAGCUAUGAUGAAUCCCAGAACGUCUAAUAAACAGGUUAUUCUAGUUGUCUUCGAGGACCCAAGGCUCCUGGAUAUGGGUGUAUUGAACAACGCCCUCAGGG